AAACAGUUGAAUAUUAGGGUUUUACGUGCGUACUAAAUAUUGCCAUGCAUGCAUCACGCAACCGUAUUGUACGUAGAUAGACGACAGGUUUAUAAUUACAUUUUAAUGUGGUCUGUAUUUUAUGAAGGAUAAUUUGGAUAUAGACAGUGAUCAAAAUUCGUCAAAAUAUGUUUGUCAAGAAAAAAGAAUGAUAGGUAUAUAUAACGGCCCUUCGAUCGGCACCACUUGGAAAGGUGUAUAUAUUGGGGGAGCAAAAGGUAAUAACUAAUUAAUAAUCAAUGCAGUUAGGCACCCACGAAAAGCCUUGUUUGAUAUUAUAUAUUUUUUUCUCCAAAAAUAGUAAAACCCUACUUGAUGUUAUAUAAAAAAAAGUCGGUAAUAGAAUAUUUUGUAUUGAAAUUUUAAUUUAACCGUGAUUUAACUAUUCAUACAGCUAAAAUCAUAUACCGACUUGAGAUUCGAUAAGCGAUUUUUUGGUUGAAAUAUCGGUACGUUACGAUUUUGAAAUCACUGUUUUUUUUAUGGAUUCUAUUUUCAUAUCGUGGAUGAGUUCUCAAAGUAAAUUCACGUGGUAAUACACCUAAGUUCAUGUAAUUUGUGUGAGUUGGUGAUUUCUCACGUUAAUCUUCUCAAUGUCAAUGUUAUAUUGCAAUGUUCUUACAACCAGAUCAUGUCCGUACAUGAUCUGGAUCAGUAACAAACUAACGUUCUAAUCGUCUGAUUAUUUAUGUGUCCAAGAGGUGGUACUGUUCGAAUCUUCAUUCACAUGCACAAAAUAGGAAAGGGAAACAUGAGUAGUAGAAAGGCAUAUAUAUAUGUAAUAUGAUUGAUCGAUGUACAUCAUUUGCUAUCUUUGUCUUCUUACACCACAUGAUGAAUUAGGUAUGUUUUAUAAUCACAUCAUGGUGCUCUUUAUAAGUUGAACGAUUACGUACGUACAUAUUAGAACUCUGAUAAAUCUACAUCAUUAUUCCUAUCUUUGUCUUCUUAUAAUACCACAUGGUCAUGAACUAGCAAGGUAGGUUUUCCUUUUGCGGUACAAGACAUGUUAGACGGUGCAUAUGCAAAGGAGAUUACGUAUACCACUUUCUCAUGUGUUGUUAUAAACGCGCUGCUACGGAUCGGGAAAUCGCCGGAAUCGAUAAAGCAAGAAUACGAAAGCGAGAAUCGAAAAAACACAGACACACGAUUUACGUGGUUCACUAACACGAUGCGUGUUAGCUACGUCCACGAGCGAGAGAGAGCCAGUUUCACUAUAUAGAGGAGAUUACAUAUUACAGAGGAGUAUGAGAAGUAUUUAUAGUACUUCUACCAAUCGUAGCGGCUGAUAGUCCGAUUCAAGUCACAUCAACAUGUGUGUUACUUGGCAAUGGAGAGAGUGACUUGGCAAUAGUUAGGUUUUUAAUUCGAUGACUGAUAGACCUCUUCGAAUCUCGAUGAUCACAUUUGUUUUGUUUAUCGCAUGGUGUUCGGAUUUAUGUAAAUUUUAAACUCAUUUAUGGUGACUUUCGUUUAAUGGGAUGUAUUAUUAAGUGGUAUAUGAUAUAUAUUAUUAAACCCCUCCAACAACUCAGAAUUAUUGAAAUCGAGAACCAAAGCAAAGCAAAAACAAAAGUUAGGUUUUCAUUUCGAUGAUUUGAUGGUACUCUCUUGUAGACCGAAACCGCAAUGGCAAUAUUCUUGUUAAAUAGAUCGAAGAUCUAUUGCUAGAUACUUCUUAGUAGAAUAUUACAUUUUUUUUUGGCCGUUGACUACUCAAUUCGGUGAGCAAGGAAUUAGGUCAACCCUUCAAGCUAUUGGAACCCAUGACUGACCAUUAUAGAAUGCAAUAUCGUAGUAGUGUCCAUGAUUUGGUCAAAAGACCAAACACGUAAACAAAACAAAAUGAAAAAAACCGUUGUAUCUAAAAUACACUCCCAACUAUAAAUGCAAGACAUGACAUCUUGCACCGUAUGUAUGUUUGUAUAACUACGACGGGCGGCGAUAGGGCUAGUGGGAUCAUAACAUAUAUACGCGUAAAUAGUAUUUGACUUAACUUGCUUCCCACGGUAGAUAUAUGUAUAUGUGUGCAAAAGCGUGAUCGUCUUCAUUAUUGUUGAUUUUAGAGUAACUUGCUAAUAUUGUAUGACCUAAUAUUAGGGAUACUACUUGUCAUAAAUUAACCGGUUCUAAUAACUCGACCUUCUGAGAAUACUUAUUAGGAGUUUAAACUUUAAAGUUAAUUUGUACUUGUCCGUUCAUGUGUUUUAAUCGUUUCUUAGUAUUGGGAGUCAUGGGAACUUGAAUAAGAUACCUCGCGGUUAAGUAAGUUAUGAUAGCCUGUUAUAACUUACACUGAAAUUGUUGGAAGUAAUUAAAUAGAUUCAUGCCUAUGGCAUUUGCGUGGAAGAGUACCAAGAAAAUCUCUAUAUUCCUUUUUUUUUUUUUGGGUAUGAGAAACUUACAACAUAUAUUUGACAUGCUGCUGAAAACGAUCUAUAAAACGUAUCAAAUCGACAUUACGAUUAAUCAUCUUAUUAUUUACCUUCAUAGUAGCUAUAUUUUCACAAUUACAACGAUAUGAUUUGAACUAUUGAUGAGUCGAGUUGCCUCAAAUUCAUCUUUAUCUUUUCCCUAUCAUGUAGUAUUUUGCCCUAUAUAUUAAUGCAGCCGACAAUAGAGGGGACUUGAUUUGCAAUAAAUUUCCAUUUUGGGGGGGCAAGGAACCCAUAUCCCCCAACGGUGUGAGAAUAGGUCCAUAGUUCAUUUUCCAUACGACUACCUCCCCAACCAUAUUCUGCUCAAUAAAUGUCUAGUGGAGUUUUACAAUCACUUACAGCUGUGACCAAAGAGAGGGCGAUGAAGAAGAAGAAGUUAACUUGAGAAUGGUAAAUUAGCUACAUUUACGACUUAUAACUUGUCGCAAUUUGAGUCCAAUCGAAAAAAUUAAUUACAAAUAUCUCAAAACAACGAUACAGAACGAGAUGAAACACACACCGAGAAAAAAUCUUCUCAACUUUCGAAUGAAUGUAAGUAAAAUUAUAUGUAGAUUUAUAUAAUAAACUUAAGAAAUGGAAUAGUCGGUAAGGACUUAACCUCUGGAUAGUCGGUUAGAAUUUUUUUUACCUAUCUCAUUCAGAUUUCGGGUUCCACCAUGACCUCCCCAUCUAUCAGAAACAUCUAUCUAUCUAGUUGUCUCAUGGAUUUACCAACCAUAGUUUUGUUUUGUGUUUUCUUUCUCCUCCAAUAUUAACUCUCAAUGAGGCUGUAUAAUCUUCAGCAAAGAGCUAUAUAAAGAGGGCAAUUGAGUAGCAUGCAAUCCUCACAAUUCAAGUCACAAAGCUUUAACCUUUCUUUCUCCUCAUCUCUCCGUUACUUCUUCUUCGCGUCUUUGUGUCUCUCUCUUCCACCCAAUUUGCUCGCAUUUUGGGACUUUGCAGAAACAAGCUAGAAUCUUUUUCUCCCUUUGUUGUCUUGUCGGCCAAAUUUGGAAACUUGCUGAUCCACAGUCCGCCACGUUUUCAAGUUUGUGUACCUUGGGCAACGCUGACGGCAAGUGUUGAAGGCACAGAGAAAGCAGAGUUAAAAACAAAAAAAAAAAGGGUGUAAAGCCUCUGUUUUCGAGUUCUUUUGAUAUGGCUGCUGGCUUGUUGUCCACUUGGCCAUGGGAGAGACUUGGGUUGUACAAGUAUAUACUGUACGGGCCAAUAGUGGGAAAUGUCCUGUAUUCCACAUACCAAGAGGGCAGCUUGAAGCUGGAUUGGUGCUUUUGCUUGCUAGUACUUUGGUACAUCAGGCAUCUUGUGAAUCUGUAUUGGAGCACUUUUGUCAACAUGAUGUUCCUCUCCAAGAGCAUCAGGAUCGACAAGCAAGGCUAUGGAUUCAAGCAGGUCGACAGUGAGUGGGAUUGGGAUAAUUUUCUGGUCUUCCAAUCCCUGAUUGGGUUCUUGGCAUGUUCUAUGUCGUCAAUGGGAUCACUUCCUAUCUGGAACACAAAAGGGUUGUUGUGGAUUCUGGUUCUUCAUGUUGGAAUCUCAGAGCCGGUUUACUACUGUGUUCAUAGACUCUUCCACACAGGCUCCUGGUUCACCAAUUACCACUCAAUCAACCACUCGUCUCCAGUGCUGCAUCCAUACACAGGCUACCAACUUACAUUUCUGGAGCAUCUGGUGCUAACUUCUGUAACUGGGAUCCCAAUUCUUGGGUCUUUCCUCCUGGGUUAUGGAUCGUUGCUUACAAUUGCUGGAUAUCUUUUGGCGUUUGAUUUCCUGAGAUGUAUGGGAUAUUCCAACACUGAGAUAGUGCCUCACCAACUUUUCCAGACCCUGCCUUUCCUCAAAUACCUCAUUUACACAGGAACGUACCAUAGCCUGCAUCAUGCUGAGAUGGAGACCAAUUUCUGCCUAUUCAUGCCAAUCUUCGAUGCAAUUGGGAAGACCCUCAACAGCAAGUCAUGGGAGCUGCACGAGAAGAUGCGUUCAAAAGCAGGGACGUAUGGGAGAGUUCCUGAUUUCGUGUUCUUGGCACAUGUUGUGGAUGUGUGUUCUGCAAUGCAUGCCCCCUUUGUUUUCCGGACGUUUGCAUCGCUGCCAUACCGAUUUCAAGCCUUCUUGAUCCCUUUCUGGCCUAUAACAUUCGGGGUGAUGAUUGCGAUGUGGGCUAAAGCAAAGACAUUUGGCUUUUCUUUCUACAAUCUAAGGGGCAAGCUCCAUGAGACAUGGGUUGUGCCCAGGUUUGGUUUCCAGUAUUUCUUGCCAUUUGCAAAGGAAGGAAUCAACAAGAGGAUCGAUGAGGCUAUUCUCAAAGCUGAUGGACUUGGAGUUAAGGUUCUGAGUCUUGCUGCAUUGAACAAGAAUGAAGCACUGAAUGGAGGUGGAACAUUGUUUGUGAACAAGCAUCCGGACCUCAAAGUUAGAGUUGUCCAUGGGAACACAUUGACAGCAGCAGUUAUCCUGAACGAGAUUGGUGAAGAAAUUGAAGAAGUGUUCCUAACAGGAGCCACUUCCAAGCUUGGAAGAGCCAUUGCACUCUACCUUUGCAGAAGAAAAGUCCGAGUCCUUAUGUUGACUCUCUCAACAGAGAGGUUUCAGAAGAUUCAGAAGGAAGCUCCUGUUGAUUGCCAGAGUAACUUGGUGCAAGUUACCAAGUACCAGGCUGCUAGACAUUGCAAGACUUGGAUAGUUGGGAAGUGGAUAACAUUAAGGGAGCAGAGUUGGGCGCCACCAGGAGCCCAUUUCCACCAGUUUGUGGUGCCACCAAUUUUGGCCUUCAGGAAGGAUUGCACCUAUGGAGACCUUGCUGCCAUGAGAUUGCCUGAUGAUGUUGAAGGGCUUUGGAGUUGUGAGUACACGAUGGAUCGAGGAGUUGUCCACGCGUGCCACGCUGGAGGCGUGGUGCACUUCUUGGAGGGAUGGACACACCAUGAAGUGGGAGCAAUAGAUGUUGACAGGAUUGAUCUGGUGUGGAAUGCUGCAAUGAAGCAUGGCUUGAAGCCUGUCUCCAACAUCAACAAACUCAAACAAAAGUAGAAACAUUGCUCUGAGAUUGAUGGCUUUGAUGUCUGUUUACAAUGCAAUUGUUGUUUAUUGUCCUCAAUCUAUCUAUAGUUUGUAUCCUAAUGCUGUAGCUUUUGGCUGUAUCCGAUAAAAAAAUUGUAAGGAUUAGAAAUAGGGCAAAAGGAAAGAAGAAGAAGUUGUUAUAAGUGAAAGAAAAGCAAGAAGAACAACAGUCUUUCUCUUUUUUGUUCUUUACAUUUAUAGAUCUUAGGGAAAAGUCAAUUGUUGUGUAAGGUGUAUUGUAUCCCUCUUCUCAAUUUCAUUAAUGAAAGGGUAAAUUCGUUCUAUCUUUGUCUUAUUUUCUUUCCAAACAUACAAAAAUCUUGAGUGAUUAUUGUUCAAUAAUUGAUUUAUUAGCCAAGAGACAUUCAUAGUCUCAUCACAAACAUUUUCACUUGAUACCCAGUAAAGUUUGCUUAUUGAGAACUUACAAGUUGUUAUGUUUGGCAUAUACAUUGUUAGAAGUCGAUACAAUUCCAACGAUGUUAUAGUUUUACGAUUGAUAAUCAUUUGAUUCAAACUAGAACUGACUUGACAAACUGACACAAUAUUCAGGAAUAGUAAAUUUUAGAUGUCGGGUAGGAGCUUAUGUGAAUUUAUUGUUUAAAAUUCUCCGCUCCAAUUUAGUUGAACUUACAGUUAGUAGUUAUCAGUGUUCUCGUCUCCAGCUUUGAUCGACCUCACGGUUUGUUCUAUCAUUCGCCACCAUCGACCUCUAAACAACCAAAACCAUUGUCACGAUAUCUACUACUUCAGUUCCUCUCCCAUUAGUAUCCAACUUCGAUUGGGCCAAACAUCUAAUAGUAAAACAGAGCUCCCCUGUUUUUACCCUUUGCAAUAUGCCCUGUACUUUCAGAACGAAACACUGCCAGGAGUUUGACAGGUUCCAUACAUCAGUCAUUGUUUGUCUGAAAGCUACACCAAAGAUUAUAACUUGAUGUUCUCCUUUUUUACAGGGUAUGUUCGGCGAAGCAAGAAGUUGACCAUGGAGAUGUUGAUGACCAAGAAAGUGACGAGGAAGGACAGCAAAAUCCUGUACUGUGGAGAAAUCAAAUGUAACAGUGGAGCAGGAAGAAGAGUUCUGUGAUGUUGUUGUUCUUCCUCCUACCACUCCUGAAAAGGAAUCGUUCUCUCGGUCAGCAGCAACAGAAAUCAAUCAGUGCGUCGUCGUCAGGAAGUCUUGUCGUCGUCGAGCCACGUGGCCCCCCGGAGAAGCUGUCGUUCUUCCUCUUCAUCUUCUGCCGUGUCAGGUCAGGUUUCCAUAUAUAGUCUGUCAAUAGUUUAACAUCUCCUAUAUGUUGAUUGCCCUGUUUUUACCCCUGUUGUAGGAUGGUUUGCUUGGUUGUGAGUUGGUCACGUCAGGAGUUUUCGGACACAAAUUGGCAAAGUGUUAGUGUUGAGUGAAAGUUGUAGGAGAUAGCCUAGUAGGUAUUAGAUCGGCCAAAGCCUUGUAGAUUAGAGUCUGAAGUUAUCUCGAGUGUUAUCGAGUCUUCUUAUCUCGAAACAUAGCUGAAUAAGAGCUAUUUCUCUUUCGUUAAGACGGGCAAUAUCGUACCCCGUCGAUUUGAGGCAACUUAACAAAAUGUCUCUAAUGACCAAUCGUAAAUCGGUGUCUAGAUUACAAUAACAUGUUGCAAAGCUAGCUAAUUUAUCGUCUCCAUUACCAAUCGAACUUGAUUUACCAAGGAUAGAUUCGUUGGCAUGGCUAGUGGACCCGAGUUCUUUUUUGGUAAUCCUUAUAAGUUAUAGUUACAGGAGAGAGUCUCCAUAACAUGAGAUUGAAGACGGUUAUUGCUGAUCAUUGACAACCACAAUCGACCAAUGUAUGUAUGUAUGUAUCAAAUGUCACCAUGAGAUGUAGGAAAUGUGUGUUCAAGUGAUGAAGUUGUUAUUCACAUUCUUGUAACUUUUAGAUCACUUCAAUGUGGGUGGUGUCUUGUGGUUGCUAUAGUUUUUACUUUGUAUUGACACUCUCUAAGAGUUUAUUCUGAAAGUUAAAUGCACUAAAAGUGCACUAAUCUAUCACAAAUUUUGCUUAUGGUCAAGAAGGUUUAGGCGGUGGCAUUAAGAAUAAGAGAUAUAUGAUAUCCAAAACCAGCGUGGCUGUGUCCAAUAAUAUGCUCAACAUGGAUGCGAUCGAUGCAAACAAUUCAAGUUAGGUGUGAAGUUGACAAUCUUCGGUAGUGUCUACUUUGGCAGUUUCUUGUCAAAGUGGGUUCCUAUUGCCAUAUUCUUUAUUGGCACUGCCAUUUGCAUGCUCAAUUAUGUCAGUUCAACCAUCAAUUAGCUCAUCAUAUAAAUGGUAUAUCAUACUCAUGGCACCAAAUGAUAUGUCUUUUACAUUCAGCUACUCGAGUUAUUGAUCGGAGAGGUUAUGCAUGUGUUUCAAGUUAUGUAACUUCUAACUUUCAUAGUAAUUCGAAGAUUUACUUUGUAGAUGAGUAUGUAAUUUUCAAUCUUAUCGUUAUUUUGAACCUUGUCGCACUAAAUUUUCGUUUGGAUAUAAAAGAGAUAUACAAGAUCUAUAAGUACCCUUCUCCCAACAAUUGGUGUUAUUAGGACCAACCUUGUUGCUAUGCACUUCCGUUUGGAUGCAAAUGAGAGGUAUAAGAUUCGUAAUUAACCCUCUUCGAACAAUUGGAGUUAUCGGAACCAAACGGUUUAUGACAUGGUGUCACACCUGGCUGGCCAAGUGAUCGUGUGUUUGAAUUUUCAUGAUCUUAAAAUACUAACAGUUGAUUUAAGCACGAAGAAUGAUGGUUCUGUGCAGAUUUCGAGUUUGAGAAGCGAUCUUUGUCUAAUGACACGUGUGGAGUUUGUUGGGACCAAAUGAUUUAUGCCAAAGACGGUAAAGUCGGGGGUUCUUGAAAGCUUUUCCACCAUGGAUAUGUGUGAUUGGACCGGUUGAUCAUGAUUGACAUGCAUAAGCACAAGGAAGAGAGAAGAUCAAAGGGCAACUGAUGAAAGACCAUAUGGCAACAUGUGCCGUACCCAUGGAAUGGCAAACUUUUCUGCCCAUGUUACUUCGUCGAUCGAUGUGGACCUCAUCAUCGACAGAAUUUCAAGCGAACAUGAUUGAGUUUGCACUAGUAGCUACUAGUACCGUUGGCCAACAUCAACGAGCUAUAUAUAUAUGUGCAUAUUUUAGUAGCUAGCUAGCUAAGGAGAGAGUGGGCGUCGUCUUCUCUUCUCUACCCAUGUUUGUGUGUGUUGAGAGGUCCACGUACGUACCAAAUUGGAGGAACAACCCACACGAUUGUAUCUUAAUUGUUGUCCCCACUCUAUUCCCUGCGGUUAAGACUCUAGAGAGAGAGAGAGAGAGAGAGAGAGAGAGAGCUAGAGAUAGAGAGAGAGCACAUGGCGACACCAGUAUCCACUUAUUCGUUGACACCCUUUUGCUUAGGGAUGGAUCAAUGGAUGCUUGAACGGUUACUCAAUCCUAUGUAUAGUAAUACCGUGAUGAACUCGGUGCAUACAUGUUGCGGAAUGGUGGUGACUAAUUACCAUGUGGUUCGUUGGAGAAUGAUGAACCUUUGGGUUUUAGGCUUAUAGGUGGCGUUCAUGUGGCCAUAAUGCAAAAACUUUCCAUCGCUCGAGCUAUCUAUAGCUCAUGUACGCUAAACUGAUCGAAAUCAAACUGAAAGUAGCUAGCAUCGAUUGUUUGGACUAGAACCAACAUGGAUAACGAAAUCACAAAAUGAUAUAUGAUAAGCUACUGGCGGGGUUCUCUCCUAAAGAGUUAUGUGGUCAAUUUUGUUUUUGACAUAAUGUCAAACCGAACAUUUGAUGAAUGGUAUAUAAAAUUUCCUUUUUAAAUAUGUCCGAACAACUUGAGUAUUAAGCGAACUUGAUAGAUUGAUAAGCUUACUUAACCAUUGUGAAAUCAAAACUAAAGAAGUACUUUGUCUUUGUCGUGUGGGUUGGAAAGGAAAUUGACAACCUUUGUUUAGUAGAUAGUAAGUUAACUGUAAUAUGAUUACACAAGUCAUUGACGGGUUGGACUUUGUUGGACGAACCAAGAAAAAGAGGGCCAAGAAAGCCGUACAUUUUCAUGAAGAGGGAGAGAGAGUAACAUGGUAGAGAGAGAGAGAGAGACACCAACAUGAAAUCCAUCCAUGAUUUAAGGAGAGGGGAUGGAAAUGGAAUUAUAUGAAUAUCAUAUUCCAUUUCCAGCACACAUCUCAUGGUGCAGUCGAAGCUGUAAAGUCUUUUGAUUUGAUCGAACGAACCUUCCAUAACGUAUACGUUUGACUAAGGUAGGGUUUAGGUUUGAAAACUUGUGUUUGAUCCUUGAACUUUUUUCAAAAUUGGUCAUACAUAAAUCUCCCUAGCUCCUUCAACAGACUCUUAAAGGUUUAGGUUACUACCUACCACUACGGAAUAAGAGGUAUGCAUGUGUUUACACUUAGUAACAUCCAGAGGUCAUAUUGAUCGAAACCCGAGAUUCAUAUCAGGUCAUAUUAUUAGUACAUGAAUGUUUCUUUACAAUCAUCUGAUUAUAUGAUAGAUACAAAACAAGUGGCACAAAGAAAAAAAUGUAACGAACAAUGUAAGAUGCGGUUAAUUAACUCAAAAACGAUGAUCAUUUCAUGAUUGAUGUAGGUGGCGUCAAGAGUGAUCGAUGUUGUAUGCGAACUUAUCGCAUUGAACUGAAAUGAUAGACCUAAGAUUGAUCCAAAUAAUUAAUACGUACAUACCAUCACACAACAUGAAUCUGGCAAAAUCAACGAUAUGACAGAUGUUAUCAUCACCGUCACGUUACGGCUCGGUGAGAGGCUAGCUAGAUUGAGGAUAACGUGUAAGGGGUUGUAAGUAUGCCCUUAUAGUUAAGGGCAGUGAGAGAGAGAGAGUGUGUGGGGUUGCCCCCUCCAUCCAAUAUCGUUCCCCAUGUGUGCACAUGCGAGUGUUUGCCUGUUGUGGGCGUGCGUGCACCAUGUUAAUAGUAACUUGCCCAUGUGUGUGCAUCAAUUUCAUCACAUCACUCUAUAGUGUAUAUAUUGAUUGGUGUAUAGCAACAUGCAUCCUCAACUAGCCAGAAACCUCAGCUUGGAGGAAGGUCAUGUGGUCUUCUGGUUUAGUAGCCACUCCUCCAUUAAGAAGGUUAAUGGUAUAUUUCCUUACCCAUCGUCCUUAUAAAAGAGAGAAACUAGAAACUGAACUCGUUUGUUGUUGAAGGGUUUGAGACCUAGUCCCUAAAUCAUGAGGAUGAAAACUGGAGGGAGAGAGAUUACCAUGAAUGGUUGGGAGGGAGUGGGGAAAAAAAAUUUGCGCUAGAAGGAGGGCUUGAACCUCCGACCUUGUGGUUAACAGCCACACGCUCUAACCAACUGAGCUAUUCCAGCUAAUUGAACAAUUGGAAGUUAACAACAACACUUCACCAUUCAUUAGCAGUAUUAGUGCCUUGGUUGAUUCAGUAAGACACUUUGUUAUAGAGUAGUGAUCAAUGUAGUCAAAAUCCCGAUUUUAAUCUUAAAAUCUUACGAUUUUACGAUUUUACCUAUGGGUUCCGAUCCUGAUUUUACUGUAAAAUCUUUGAACCUUAAAAUCCCAUAAAAUCCCGAUUUAGAACUCUAAAAUCCAUAAAAUCUACGAUUUCUACGAUUUUGUACGAUUUCAAGGUUCAUAUAAAUUGGAUCAAAAUUAGGCCGGUCAAGUUGGGUUAUGCCCAUGAACCGAGUCAAAUUUACUUUCCCCAACCCAACAUAAUGAACAACACAACCCCAACCUGAAAGUUAACCCUCAAUUUAUUUUCAUUCUCUUCCUCGUAUCUUUCUCUUUCGCACGUCGGCGCCCAACUCCUUCCAUCAACGAUAUCUUCCACCCUCCCAAUUAGCUUGUAGUUUGUUCCCACCACCCUCACAAUAAUCCAAAUAUCCAAUACAUUGCAAGCUUUUGUUCAUCUCCCAAUCCUUCAGCACCACUAACCCGACCUUUUAUCAAUUAAGAAGGGAAUGCAUCAAUCAAUGAGUUAUCUUUUCCAGAUGAUGGUAAUCAAGAAAAUAUGGUUAAUGGUGAAAGUACUUCAAGUGAUCAUAAGAGUAAUGAUAUUAGCCCUUAAACAAAUAAAAACGAUGAGAGUGA